GCCCAUAAAAACCGUCAUUGUUGGAGAUUUUAAUUUAAGCAAUAUAGUUUGGCCAAACCAAAACAGCUACAACACCGCCGCUGCAUCUUACAGAAACGGUAACUCUCAUGUUAAUAUUCUGAUGGAUUUCAUAGCUUUAAAUGGAUUUUCCCAAUAUAAUAAUAUUGUUAAUAAUAGAGGAAGGAUUCUAGAUUUGAUAUUGUCAAACUUAAAUAUAAGUAAUGUUGAAGUAAGUGAUGUAAUACUCUCGAUACUUGAUCCAAUGCAUCCACCUUUGAUAUUUGCGGUUUCUCAAUUAGAUUUGAAAUAUAUUUCGCGAAAUAAAGAUGAACGAUUUAACUUUUUUAAGGCACAGUAUGAUCUUAUUGCUGAAGAAUUAAGCACUAUUGAAUGGGAUAACGAAUUUAAAACUUGUUUCGAUGUCAACGAGGUUGUGACUACCUUUUAUGGUAUUUUACGCAAAACUAUUGUUAAGUUUGUUCCUAAAGUUAAAAGUCAUAAUAAUAAAUAUCCUGUAUGGUACACAAAAUCCUUAAUUCGAUUGCUUCGUCAAAAAUAUAAAUAUCGUAUCAGAGUAAAAACAUUUAACAACCCCCUAGAUUUAAUCACUUAUGAAACUCUUAAAAAAGAUUGUACUAAACUCAUAUCCUCGUGUUAUUCUACUUAUUUAUCUAACUUGGAAUCUUCUAUAAAAUCAAACCCAAAAUUAUUGUGGUCGUAUGUGAAAAAUAAAAGAUCAAACUCUGGAACAUAUCCUACUCCUAUGAAGUUAGGUAAUAGCUCGGCAACGGAUGGCACACAAAUUUGCAAUAUGUUCGCCGACUAUUUUUCUUCGGUAUAUGAGACUAGCUCACAACAUAAUGGUGAUAUGAACUCAAUGACUCACAACGCUACUUCUUAUCUGCAAUCAUUAACUAUCAAUCAAGAUUUGGUAUUCAAAGCAUUAAAGAGACUAGACCAAAAAAAAGGUGCCGGUUCAGAUGCAAUACCGCAUGUAUUUGCCAAAAAAUGUGCUAAGGAAUUAUGUUAUCCAUUAACUGUUAUAUAUAAUUUAUCACUUAAACAAAGUAUUUUUCCAUCAGCUUGGAAGGAGUCGAUCAUAGUUCCAAUUCCUAAAACGGGCGACGCGAAUCUGAUCAACAAUUACCGACCUAUAUCAAUCCUAUCUGUUUUUGAUGACCUUAAAAUUCUGAGAACAAUUAAAUCAACCACUGAUAGUACUCUUCUCCAAAAGGACAUAAACUCUUUGGCAGAAUGGUGUAACAUCAACAAAAUGAAACUUAACUCAGAAAAAUGCUACCAUAUACGAUUUAGCAGACAUAGAAGUAGAGGCAUUAUUGCACCCAGUUACCAGAUUAAUAAUCAUAUCUUAGCAACAGUAGAUAAAAUAAAAGACUUAGGUGUUUAUUUCGAUGCAAAACUUAAUUUUCACGCCCACUUCAACAAUAUAAUUAAUAACGGUUUCAAAAUGUUGGGCUUUUUACUGAGAACUUGUAAAAAUUUUAGGAACCCUCUCACAAAAAUUACCCUCUUUAAUGCCCUAGUCAGAAGCAAAUUAGAAUAUUGCAGCGUAAUAUGGAAUCCAAAAUACAAGAUUCAUAUUAACAAUAUUGAACGCAUUCAAAAAAGAUUUUUGUGGCAUCUAGCGUAUAGUUGCAACGUAGCCAAAAAAAUUCGUAGUUACUCAGAACGUCUUGAUUAUUUUAAAAUACGAACACUUUAUCAGAGGAGGAAGGUUUUGGAUCAGGUCUUUUUACAUAAAUUGGUGAAUGGGUCAAUCGAUUGUGCGUCAUUGGUAUCUCAGCUUAACUUUAAAGUUCCAGUCAGAUUGCCUAGAAAUUCUAAUAAUAUGCCGUUCCAUACAAAAUUCCACAAUAGUAAUCUAGGCCAUUAUUCAGGCAUUUCUCGCCUUACCAAAGAAUAUAAUAAUAUAGUUUCUGGCAAUAAUAAGACUAUUGACAUUUUCUCAAAUACUGUACAUAAAUUUAAAAAGGAAUUGCUCUCGAUUGAACCUUUGCCAAAACCCAGUUGAUCAAAUGUAGUUUUCUUUUAACAUUAAUUUGAUUAUUUUGCCGUCAAAAUUGGAUUUAUGUUUUAUGUAUUAUGUAUAUGUGUAUUUUUUACCUAAUCUGCAGUUAGCUGCAGACUGUGUGUCUUAGAUUUGGAUUUAAUGUUGUAUUUGUUAGUGGUGGUUGCCUAUAAUUGUGACAGCACUAUGUCUACGAUUGUAAUUACUUUAAUGCUUUUAUCUCUGUAUCAGUGUAUGUCAUGUUGGUGAUCCUUAAUGAAAUAAA